AUGGAGAUUGUUGUAUCAGCUGUUCUGUUAGUGGUUGGAAUUGCUGUUUUAGUUGUAAUUCAUGUUUGUAUUGUUGGGAGAGCUUUAAGAGAAGAAGGAAUUUGGAGAAGUGAUAAUAAUAAUAAUAACAAUAGUUAUGGAAUGAAGAGGUUUUCAAAUGAAGAUUUGGAGAAGAUUCCUUGUUAUGAGUACAGCAACAAACUGGAGGAUUUUGAAAUGGAAUAUUCUUGGCUUUUGAACAAACCCAUUUGCCCAAUUUGUAGAACUUUUGCUGCUGUUCUUCCCAAAAUUUCAUUGAUUCAAUUGAAUUGA